AUGUCCGGCUACGAUCGAGCACUUUCAGUGUUCAGUCCUGAUGGACACGUCUUUCAAGUCGAGUACGCUCUGGAAGCCGUCAAGCGGGGAACAUGCGCAGUCGGUGUCAAAGGCAAGGACAUUGUCGUGCUUGGGUGCGAGAAGAGAUCAGCCAUGAAACUCCAGGACACCAGAAUCACCCCCUCGAAAAUCGGUCUCAUCGACUCACACGUCUGUCUGGCUUUCGCCGGUUUGAACGCUGAUGCUAGGAUAUUGAUCGACAAGGCCAGAGUCGAGGCACAAUCACACCGUUUGACUGUUGAAGACCCAGUCACCAUUGAAUACAUCACAAAAUAUGUCGCCGGAGUACAGCAGAGAUACACUCAGUCUGGUGGUGUGAGACCGUUUGGUAUCAGUACCCUGAUCAUCGGAUUCGACAAGAAUGAUGCGACGCCACAUCUCUACCAGACUGAACCAUCAGGCAUCUACUCUGCAUGGAAAGCCAACGCCAUCGGCCGAUCAAGCAAGACCGUGCGCGAGUUCCUCGAACGCAAUCACAAAGACGAUAUGGACCGAGAAGCCACCAUCUCCCUAACAGUCAAGUCUUUACUCGAAGUCGUACAGACGGGUGCAAAGAAUAUCGAGAUUGCUAUCAUGGCGCCGGGCAAAACCAUCGAGAUGCUGCCAUCUGAGGAGAUCGAGACCUACGUCAAGACAAUCGAGGCGGAGAAGCAAGAAGAAGCGGCAAAGAAGAAGCCUGGUCGGGGCGGACAGGGCACGUCUAACUUGCCAACGAGACCUGCUGAAGAAGGCUCAUGA